AUGCCUCGUACCUGCACAUUUCCCACUUAUAACCUAGAGAAGAGUGUCCUGGAAGGGUGGCUUAGCCAGACAUUCAAUGAUCAAAUUACCGCUGAUGUAAUCAACGGGCAAUACGUAUUCAACAUUCCCGAUAAUAGGGAGCUGACGGAGGUUAUGAGGAAAUCUAUCCGCAAGCUAAGGGGCAAGAUGCAGUGGCCCCCUAAAAUUGAGAACGUAUAA